UUUGUAGCCGGGGAACCCUCUUGUCGUCCCGCAUGUUCAGGACCAAACGAUCGGGGCUCGUCAGGCGACUCUGGAGGAGCCGUGCGCCCGCGGAGGGCGACGGAGACGCGGACACCGGCGGCGCCGCGGGCUGCUGCCUCGGGAAACCGGGCGCCAGUAAGCCUAACCCCGGCACCGAGGCCGAACUGAAGGCGCUGACAUACUCUAUCCUGAAGAAGAUCAAGGAGAAGCAGCUGGAGGUGCUCCUGCAGGCGGUGGAGUCCCGCGGCGGAGCGCGGAGCCCCUGCCUCCUCCUGCCGGGGAAAGCGGACGCCAGGCUGGGUCAGCAGUCCUUCCCGCUGCCGCUGCUGCUCUACAAGGUGUUCCGGUGGCCGGACCUCCGGCAUUCCUCGGAAUUAAAGCGACUCUCUUGCUGUGAAUCUUACGGGAAAAUCAACCCGGAUCUCGUGUGCUGCAACCCGCAUCAUAUGAGCAGACUGUGCGAGCUCGAAUCCCCCCCACCCCCGUACUCAAGAUAUCCCACCGAUUUUCUUAAACCACCUGAUUCUCCAGGUUCUGUGCCUGCUUCCACUGAAACUGGAGGAACGGCGUAUUCGGCCCCUAUGGGGUUCUCAGAUUCCCUGGCUCUUCAGGAGCGUGGAGAACAGCCUCACUGGUGUGUGGUGGCAUACUGGGAAGAAAAGACCCGCGUUGGGCGCCUCUACUCCGUCCAGGAGCCAUCUCUGGACAUCUUUUAUGACCUACCUCAGGGCACGGGCUUUUGCUUGGGCCAGCUCGCCUCCGACAACAAGAGUCAACUGGUGCAAAUGGUUCGGGCCAAGAUCGGCUACGGCAUCCAACUGAGCCGCGAACCCGACGGCGUGUGGGUGUAUAACAGGAGUUGCUACCCCAUAUUCAUCAAGUCAGCCACACUGGACAACCCUGACUCGCGUACGCUGCUGGUGCAUAAAGUAUUCCCCGGCUUUUCCAUCAAGGCCUUCGACUUCGAGAAGGCGGGAAGCCUACAGCGGCCCAACGACCACGAGUUCAGCCAGCAGCCGCGGACGGGCUUCACCGUGCAGAUCAGUUUCGUGAAGGGCUGGGGGCAGUGCUACACCAGACAGUUCAUCAGCAGCUGCCCCUGCUGGCUUGAGGUCAUAUUCAAUAACCGAUAACAGCGAGCCCCACCCCCUCACCACGCCCCCCAUUCCUUCAUGGAGACGGACUACCCCUUACCUUUUAUGGACUAUGUUGUCUUUCUGUUUUGUUUUUCACAAGAAGUUCUCCGAAGGAUGUUUUG